AUGGAAGCAAUUAAACAAUACAGAACCAUUUGUCCUUUUCUUCGCAAUACCAACAUUACAACUCUUCGUCAUUUCGCUAGAAAGUCAAACGAGGCUGGAAGCAAUGGUUUGGUUACUUUGGCUCAAACUUGUCCUGUUAUGAGUAAAGCUUUAGCUGUUCAAAGCAAAAAUUGUUUGCAUACUUCAGUCAAAUUGAAUCAACGACCUACUUCUCCUUUGAAGCAAGUUUCCAUCGUUUCUGUUCCCAAUCCCAUUGUUAACAAUAUUAAGAACCCAUCUCACCAUCACAAUUAUCCGAAGCAUCAUCCUCAACAACAAGUUCCUUGUAAACACGUCGAAAGUUCUAGGCAACAGCAGCAGCACAUUAUGCCAACUACUCAUCACACUAAGGCUAAAUUAUUUGAUUAUGAGGCACUUUAUUCUGAUGAAUUGAAUAAAAAACACCAAGAUAAAUCUUAUAGAUAUUUUAAUAAUAUUAAUCGUCUUGCUAAACAUUUUCCAAAAGCUCACACUGCCAACACGAAUGAAAAGGUUACUGUUUGGUGUAGUAAUGAUUAUCUUGGAAUGGGCAGAAAUCCUGUAGUUCUUGAAUCUAUGCAAAAUGUCAUGAAUACUUAUGGUGCUGGUGCAGGUGGUACUCGUAAUAUUGCUGGUAAUUGUAAUUCCCAUUUACAAUUAGAAGCUGAAUUAGCCGAUCUUCAUCACAAACCUGCUGCUUUAGUUUUCACUUCUUGUUAUGUGGCAAAUGAUAACACACUGAGCACUUUGGCUUCAAAACUUCCUGGCUGUGUAAUCUUUUCUGAUUCUUCAAAUCAUGCAUCAAUGAUCCAAGGUAUUAAACAUUCUGGUGCAAAAAAAUAUAUUUUCAAACAUAAUGAUCUAAAAGAUCUUGAGGAAAAACUUCAAUUGGUUGAUAUCGAUAUACCAAAAAUCAUUGCUUUUGAAAGUGUCUAUUCCAUGUCUGGCUCUGUUGGUCAUAUUGAAAAAAUUUGUGAUUUGGCCAAGAAAUAUGGCGCAAUUACCUUUUUGGAUGAAGUUCAUGCUGUUGGAAUGUAUGGUCCUCGUGGUGCUGGUGUUGCUGAACAUUUGGAUUUCGACUUGAAUGCUCGUUAUCCUUAUGCUGGUAAUGGCAGUGUUCUAGACAAAAUCGACAUCAUCUCUGGUACACUUGGUAAAGCAUUUGGUGUUGUUGGUGGAUAUAUUGCAGCUUCAGCAAGUCUCGUGGAUAUGAUCAGAUCAUAUGCCCCUGGAUUUAUUUUUACCACUUCAUUGCCACCUUUCAUUGCUGCUGGUGCUAAAGCAUCUAUUCAACAUUUGAAAAAAUCAAACAAAGAACGUGCAAUGCAACAACUUAAUACUCGUUUGUUGAAAGAACGUCUUGCUCAAUUGGAUAUUCCUGUUGUGCCAAACCCUUCUCACAUUGUACCUGUAUUAGUUGGUGAGGCUGAAACUUGCAAAAUCGCAUCUGACCAAUUGUUAAGUAAUCAUGGCAUCUAUGUUCAAUCAAUCAAUUACCCAACUGUUCCCAAGGGCGAGGAACGUCUCAGAAUUACACCCACACCUGGUCAUAAUCAACAAAUGACCGAUUAUCUUGUUAAUGCAUUAGAAAUUAUCUGGCGAGAAAAUGGAUUGAAACGUGUUAAUGAUUGGAGACUUGAGGGUGGCAAAGCUGGAGUUGGCACCAAUGAUCCAACCCCUAAGCCAGUUUGGACUGAUUAUCAAUUAAAUAAUAUUAAUGGCAAGAAUAAUGUCAAAGAAAUUAGUGCUAAUGAAUUUAAUUCUAAAAAUUUAAAUAUUAUGGCUUAUUAA